GUUGCAGACAGAGCAUAUCAAGAUUUCCUCACAAAUUACAAAGAAUUAUUUGUCGAAUUUCCGGCACAAAAUAGUUUGAAAUACAUUUUUUUGCGCAAUAAAAACUACCUCAAAGGUCAAAAAUCGGUUAAUAGCCAGCAACAACUACACCAUUUACUACAAUUCAUUGUUUUUGGUUACUUACAAGCAAAUACUAAACUUAAAAUGUAUUUACUUACUCAUUUCUGCUUGUACACAUUACAAAAUCAAGCGCAAAGUGACACUUUUUCGGCACAAAUGGCAUGCGUCUUCAAAAUAGGUCUUUAAAAGAGUAGCGGCGGGCGGUGGUGGGCGCAAUGGCAGCAUUGCGGCAUAGGAUAAAGCAAAGCAUUGUUAUUUUCUUUGCGCUUUUUCGUAGGCGAGCGCUAGCGGCACGAAGGGCAGCAAUGCACACGUACGACCAUGAGCGGGUGUGUGUAGCGCAUGCGUGUAGAUAACGAUGUAUGCUGUUUUUAGUAAAAUAUGUACGAAAAUUUUAGCAAAUUAGAAACAUGUAGUUUUAUUUGAUUACAAAUAAGUUUAAAAAACAUUUUGCUAGUAAAACGCAAACAGUAAACACACAUACAAACGAAAUAUUUUGGCUAUUUACAAUACACAAAACCGCUGGAAUUGCUGAUUUCGUAAUUUUGUAGAAAAUUCUCACGCAAACUAAAGCGCAAAACAAUAAAAACAGCUAGUUCGGCUUUCUGUGAACAAAGUUUCCUUCGAAGUAUUAUAGGUGCUCUAAAUUCCAUAGUAAAUCACAUAUAUUAUUGAACUCUUCGCUUAUUAGACCUAUUGUUGAACAUACGCUAUAAUAAAUUAUAACAAGCUUCUGUAUAUAUACAGCCCAAUACUAAACAGAAACUCGCCGGGACCAAGAAAGGUGUUAUACUAGAAAACAUAGCUAGAGGUUUUAUAUUUCCUGAACAUUGCUGUGUACUUUUAGCUAAACAAAAUGGGACGUACAGGAAUUUACAGUCUGCCAAGGACUGUCAGCUUUGCAGAUUUUCUCUAAACCUAUUUAAGGAAGUAUUUUGGAACAGCAACUAACCUCACCUCUUCAGCUCAAUAUUUUCCCAUCGACAGCAAAGCUCAGCUCCUUUCAGGUUCGUGCCUAUCAAAUUUCAUACAUGAUUAGUUAAGUGUGCUCAAUUCAAGCCAGCACUUUACACAAACACCGACGAACACGCACUAAUCAGACAGCCUAGUAUUGGCGGCAGAGAUUCUGAAACCGAUGCGUUACUCGCUAAUAACACUCUAAAAUUCAUUUCCACAAAAAAAAAAUGGGAAAACAAAAACUUUCGUCUAAAUAAUUCGCGCCUCGGCGUGUCAAAUAAGCAAAAACAAAUGCAAAAACACUACAAUUUUUGUAAACAACAACAACAAUGGCGUACUUAUGUGCACAGCGGCGGGUUUGAAAGUCUGAGAAACGCCGCGUUGCCGCCCCAACGAAGCGAUUUCCAGCAGAUAUAAAAGCCGUUAAGCUUCUGGUAAACGACAUUCAGUCACUCGAAUUCGAAGUUAAAGGUACUUAGCUAACGGAAAGUGCUAAAUUCUACGUGUGUAACAAGAACGAAGUAAAUCAAAUAAAAAAAAUGAAGUGCGCCCCCUUAAUCGCAGCUUUGUUCGCAUUUUGCGCCAUCACAACAACCACCUACGCCGAUGCCGCGCUGGAUAACGCAGUCGCAGCGUCUGCGAAUGGCGAUGAGCAGCUGGAGGAGGCAGCCAGCAGCCUGAACCCGCUGGAGGACACACAUAAGCAAGAGAAACGUUACGUUGGUGGCACCUGGGAUCCGUAUUCGUCGCGUCUCGGACUUGGUUUGGACGGCACCUCCGGUUAUGGCGGUUAUGGUGGUUACGGUGGUUAUGCUGGCGCUGCUGGGCUUGGUGGACUCGGCGGUUAUGGUGGUUACGGCGGUUAUGGCGGUUAUGGCAACUAUGCUGGUUACGGCUCUGCUGGCUAUGGUCCUUAUGGCGGCUAUGGCAGCCCUUACGCGUACUACAAUGCACGCUUUGGUGGCGGUUAUCCCUACUCGCGCUUGGGCUACAAUUAUCCAUCCAACUAUUACAGCGGUUACACCAACAGCGUGGUAGGUGGCGGUUUGGGCGGCUAUGCUGGUGGUGUAGUGCCGCCAGUAGGUGGUGUUACUGCCGGCACUGGCUAUCAAUAUGGGCCGGGCAUUUCGGGCACAGUCUACUGAAGGACCAACGGUAAAACGCAGCUUGGGCGUAUGCGUUAGUUGUGCGCAAACUCGGACAAGGCUGAGUUGGUCAUAGAAUACUGCCUAUAAUUUCGAUUUUUGUAAUGCAUACUGAAUAAAUAGAAUAAAUUAAAACUAUAAUUAUUAAUAAAAUAAA